UGGGCAGCCGGAAGCAGGAAGUGAGUGAGAGAGUGAGACAGAGAAGCAGCUGGUGCAGCCACGAUGGCAGACCCCCAGUACAUCCUCCCCAAUGACAUUGGUGUGGCCAGCCUCGACUGCCGCGAAGCCUUUGGACUGCUGUCCCCUAUGGAGCGGCUCUACGCGCACCAUUUGUCCCGGGCCGCUUGGUACGGGGGUCUGGUUGUGUUACUUCAGACUUCUCCCGAGGCCCCCCACAUCUACACUCUCCUCAGCCGCCUCUUCCGUGCCCAGGAUCCCGAGCAGCUCAAAGAGUGUGCCCUGAAGGAGGGUUUCACAGAGGAUGAAUAUCAGGCUUUCCUGGUCUAUGCCGCAGGGAUCUAUGCCAACAUGGGGAACUACAAGUCUUUUGGGGACACCAAGUUCAUCCCCAAUUUGCCCAAGGAGAAGCUGGAACGAUUAGUGUUGGGGAGCCAGGCCGCCCGAGAGCAUCCAGAAGAGAUUGGGGGGCUCUGGCAGGUCUGUGGGAACCUCAUGUUCUCUCUGGAGCCCCAGCAGCGCCAUCUGGGCCUGGGAAGUGAGGGUACCACCACAUAUUUCUCUGAGAAUUGUACCUUGGAAGAUGCCAAGCUGGCCCAGAGCUUCUUGGAUUCCCAGAAUCUCAGUGCCUACAACACAAGGCUGUUCAAGGGGACGGACGCAGACGGGAAGCCGUGCUUUGAGGUGCGCCUGGCCUCUAUCCUCCGAGAAGAGAUCACCCCAGACUCAGACAUGGUGCCGAAGCUGAAGAGCUACGACUUUGAGGGCUGCCGGUUCCAGGUGACCCGGGGAGAUUACUCGCCCCUCCUCCAGAAGGUGGUGGAGCACCUGGAAAAGGCCAAGGCCUACGCAGCCAACAGCCACCAGGAGCAGAUGCUGAGCCAGUACGUCGAGAGCUUCACGGAGGGCUCCAUUGAGGCCCACAAGAAGGGCUCUAGACACUGGAUUCAGGACAAGGGCCCCAUCGUGGAGAGCUACAUUGGCUUCAUCGAGAGUUACCGAGACCCCUUCGGCUCCCGGGGAGAGUUUGAAGGGUUUGUCGCUGUGGUGAACAAGUCCAUGAGUGCCAAGUUUGAGUGCCUGGUGGAGAGCGCUGAGCAGCUGCUGAAAGAGCUGCCCUGGCCCCCGGCUUUUGAGAAGGACAGAUUCCUCACCCCCGACUUCACCUCCCUCGAUGUCCUCACCUUUGCGGGCUCCGGGAUCCCUGCUGGCAUCAACAUCCCCAACUAUGAUGAUCUCCGGCAGCAGGAGGGCUUCAAGAACGUGUCUCUGGGCAACGUGCUGGCCGUGGCCUACACCACCCAGCGCGAAAAGCUCACCUUCCUAGAAGAAGAGGACAAGGACCUCUACAUCCGCUGGAAAGGGCCAUCCUUUGAGGUCCAGGUGGGGCUGCAUGAGCUGCUGGGCCAUGGUAGCGGGAAGCUCUUUAUACAGGAUGAGAAAGGAGCUUUCAACUUUGACCAGAAUACUGUGACCAACCCAGAAACGGGGGAGCAGAUCAGGAACUGGUACCGGAGUGGAGAGACAUGGGACAGCAGAUUCAGUACCAUCGCGUCCAGUUACGAGGAGUGCCGGGCUGAGAGCGUGGGGCUCUAUCUCUGUCUCCACCCACGUGUCCUGGAGAUCUUUGGGCUAGACGGUCCUGAGGCUGAGGACGUGGUGUAUGUGAACUGGCUGAACAUGGUGCGCGCGGGGCUGCUCGGCCUAGAAUUCUACACCCCAGAAACAUCCAGCUGGAGACAGGCGCACAUGCAGGCCCGCUUUGUGAUCCUGAGGGUCCUGCUGGAAGCCGGGCAGGGACUGGUCACAGUCGUCCCCACCACUGGCUCCGACGGGCGCCCAGAUGCCCGGGUCCGUCUGGAUCGGCACAAGAUCCACUCAGUUGGCAAGCCUGCCCUGGAGCGGUUCCUGCGGCGCCUCCAGGUGCUGAAAUCAACAGGAGAUGUGGCCGCUGGGCGGGCGCUGUACCAGGGGUACUCCGCCGUCACUGAUGCUGCCCCUGAAAACUUCCUUGCCCUCCGGGAGACAGUGCUGUUGCGGAAGGAGGCCCGCAAGCUUAUUGUGCAGCCCAAUACGUGCCUCGAAGGCUCCCAGGUGCAGCUCCGUGAGUAUGAUGCCUCGGCCGCCGGCCUUAUCCGCUCCUUCGUGGAACGCUUCCCUGAGGAUGGGCCCAAGCUCGAGGAGCUGCUCACUGGGCUGGCCAAGGCUGAUGCCCACUUCUGGAGGGGCCCCAAAGAAGUCCCGGCCCUCCAGGCCUGAAGAAGAUCCUAAGCAGCUCUCCUCACUUGAGCCCCUCCCCACCCCCCUCCCUCCCUCUUUCCCUCUCUCGGUUGGGGUUUGAGGAGGGACGUGGGCUGGGCCUCCUGCCCCGAAUAUCAAGUUUGUGCCCAGCGGCAGGGCGGGGGUGGCUGCAGAGCUGACAGCCAUCCAUUACCCCCUCCGUCUCCACGUGAGGAUCAGCCAGAGCGGCCCGUGAUGGUGGCCAGUACAUCUUGGACGCUCAGUAGCUGUCCAGGGACCCUGGGCCAGAUCCCUUCUCUCAGAGCCAGUUUCCUCUUCUGUUCAGGGAUGGUUCCACCCUGCCUACCUGCCUACCUCUCACAGGGUUGUUGUGAGGAAAGUGGUUUAUAACCUUUAAAGAGCUUUUGAAACGGGG